AUGGAGAGCUAUGAGGUGGAGCUGGACGGCAAGACCUACCAGGUCAAGCCGAUCCGCAACCUGAACGGCCACUCCAUCGGGCCGUACCGCAUCCACGCGGGCAAGAGCGUGCCCAUCGUGCGGGGCGGGGAGGCCACCAAGAUGGAGGAGGGGGAGUUCUUCGCCAUAGAGACGUUCGGCAGCACGGGCAAGGGGUACGUCCACGAGGACCUGGAGUGCUCCCACUACAUGAAGAACUACGACGUCGGCCACGUGCCCCUCAGGCUUCCCGCCGCGAAGAAGCUGCUCGCCACCAUCGACCGCCACUUCGGGACGCUCGCCUUCUGCAGGCGCUACCUGGACCGCCUGGGCGAGUCCAAGUACCUCAUGGCCCUCAAGAACCUCUGUGACGCGGGCGUGGUGGACCCGUACCCGCCGCUGUGCGACACCAGGGGCAGCUACGUGGCGCAAUACGAGCACACCAUCUACCUGGGGGCCACCAAGAAGGAGGUCAUUUCGCGCGGCGACGACUACUGA